GCCGCUGUCGCCGAAGCCUCGGCUGAUGGAUGCCUGGGAGUGCCGCAUUGCUUAGCGUGCCCGCCUCCGGGUUUGCUGACGCGCUCUCCCCGCCCUGGAGCUCCGCGUGGAAGAGCCACCUUAUUAUUAAUCAGAAUUCCCAUCGCUAUCCCUGGCAGGCGCAUCCUUCCGUAGCGCCCGCCGAAGCAGCACAGAGCCGAGGCUGAGAUGUGCACGGGGGCUGUUGUUUCAUCUUGGAAGAGAAGAAAAGAGGAAGGCACCGAGAUCUGCACCACCAGUGCCUGGUAGGGUUAGGGGUGUUUUGUGGGCGAGGAAGGACAGGAAGUGGUGGGCUGCUCUGAAGCCCUUACCCCUAAGGGUAAAGGAAGAAAGAACCAAAGUGGGGCAUUCCUUGUUUUUUUUUAGGGGCAGGUGGGGGUGCAGUGGAAGAAGUUUAGAUCCCGCAUAGACAGUCUGUGGGAAACCAGGAGCAACAGGGUACUGGGUUGGACCUUCGGACAAAUCAUUUCCAGUGAAGGAGAGGAGAGAGGCACUAGUGAGGUGUGGGGGCCUGAGUGUGCCUGUGGAAGGAACAAGUUUGUUUGGGACAGUCAGCAAUAUAGCAAGGGAGGGCCGGGGAAGGAGCAGGACAAUGACUCAUCUGCAAGCUGGCCUCUCUCCUGAGACCCUGGAGAAAGCUCGCCUAGAACUCAAUGAGAACCCAGAUACGCUGCACCAGGACAUCCAGGAGGUGAGGGACAUGGUCAUCACCAGGCCGGAUAUUGGCUUUCUACGCACGGAUGAUGCCUUCAUCUUACGCUUCUUGCGGGCUAGGAAGUUUCAUCACUUUGAGGCCUUCCGCCUCCUGGCCCAGUACUUUGAGUACAGACAGCAGAAUCUGGACAUGUUCAAAAGCUUCAAGGCCACUGACCCUGGCAUCAAGCAAGCGCUGAAGGAUGGCUUCCCUGGGGGCCUGGCCAACCUGGAUCAUUAUGGCAGGAAGAUUCUAGUCCUUUUUGCUGCCAACUGGGAUCAGAGCAGGUACACACUGGUGGAUAUUUUGCGAGCCAUCUUACUUUCUUUAGAAGCCAUGAUUGAAGAUCCCGAGCUUCAAGUGAAUGGAUUUGUUUUGAUCAUAGACUGGAGUAACUUCACCUUCAAGCAAGCCUCCAAACUCACCCCAAGCAUGCUGCGAUUAGCUAUUGAAGGUCUUCAGGACAGCUUCCCAGCACGAUUUGGAGGGAUUCACUUUGUCAAUCAACCAUGGUAUAUCCAUGCCCUGUAUACUGUGAUUCGGCCCUUCCUGAAGGAGAAAGUUCGUAGAAGAAUAUUUUUGCAUGGUAACAACCUGAACAGUCUACACCAACUAAUUCAUCCUGAAAUCCUGCCCUCUGAGUUUGGAGGCAUGCUGCCCCCGUACGACAUGGGCACAUGGGCAAGGACACUGCUGGACCAUGAGUAUGAUGACGACAGUGAGUACAACGUGGAGUCCUAUAGCAUGCCUGUGACGGAAGUAGAAAAGGAACUCUCUCCCAAGUCCAUGAAGAGAUCCCAAUCAGUAGUGGAUCCGACAGUCCUAAAACGCAUGGAUAAAAAUGAGGAAGAAAACAUGCAACCUUUGCUCUCUCUGGACUGAUACUCCACACUUCCCGUGGAUUGAAAAUGGAAGGUACUCGUUUUCAUCAACAAGGACAGCACUGUGGAAGAUUUACCAGCUGGAAGCCUAUUUAUUCAUGUUAAUGUAGCAUACUAUAUCAUAAGGUGUCAGGCUUUCCCAAUUGCCUGGACCAUGGGUGCCCUGAGAUGGAUUAAAAAAAAGUCAAUAAUUUAUUCUGUUAAGUGCCAAGUUCUUUGUAAAUACAAUGUAAUCUUCAUGUGCAGUUUGUAAAUUUCGGUAGUAAUUUACUUUGGAAAAGAAUGGCUCAUGAACCCAUGCCAGUGGUAGGAGUGAUAAAAAAGCAACAGAAAAGACACAUAAAAGAUCAACGUGAAUUACUUGUAGCCCUGUUUCCUCUGAAGCCAUAAUUCUGCUACCAUAGUGAUCAUUUCAUCACUCUCCUCUCAAUCUCUGUCAGUAUUCAGAUGUUCUUCUAAUGGGCACAGGGAAUUAGAUGAUUAUAGGAAAUUAUUAUGAUAAAUGUAUUUCCUGUCUAGUGAUUCUUAUUUCACAGAAAAUGCGUCUGGUUGGCUAUCCCUUGCCUUGUAUUUUGGAGACAAGAAAGGACAAGAGGAGCUGGGAAAAUGACCACUUGAACUCUUCUAUGAUGUUUAAGGAGUCUUGUGAAAAGCUAUGUUCCCCAGUUAAGAUAUGGAAUUUUGAAAGAGAGUGAAUUAUUUCUUUCGGAAACUGGUAUAUUCACAAUGUGUCCUUUUUUCACGAUCCCCUUGUGUUGUUGUUUGAUGUACUUUAAGAAUUUGCCUCCCUAAAACUCUUCUACCCAGAGAAAGAGAAUUCAUUCAUGAGGGUAUUCUGACAGCUAAUUUUAAAUGUAAAUUUUGCCACUGCAGAUCAGAGACUGAUUUCUAAUUCCUGUGCACUGGUUAAAACAUAGCAAUUUACACACAUAUGCGUUUUCACUGCGCGUUAAUGAAUCCUUGAUGUAGCAGGUUAAUAAAAAUAAAUACUGCAUAUUCAGUUGUCUUAGAGACGUUACAGGUUCCCACACGAGACACUCACUCUGGAAAACCCACGUUCACUACGUUAAUGAAAAAGAUGUACAGAGAAACAGACUUUCACUGAACUUAUUGAAGGGCAUUCUACAAUUUGUAAUGCAACCUUGUAUCUGUUCCAGUUUAGUAAAAUUAUGUUUUCUCCAAAGAAGCAACAGAUCUCAAUGCAGAGUGACCAAGAGUUAAAUUGUCUUUUAGUUUAGAGUUUUUACCAAGUUAAAGUGAAUUUUCUAUUAUCCAAGUAAUCUGAUAUAAACACGUUUUCUUCCCAGAAAAAAACAACGAGGAAAUGGCAUUCAUGUGAUAUAAUGAGAGCAUCUGUGGAUAACUGAGAUAGCUUGUCAGGAUUGAAACCCAGAUGGGGAAUCCUGAUAGUGUUUAAACCUAUUACUUUAUAAAGGUCUUUAGGAAUAAGCAAAUUUUACUUCAAAUUUGAAACUGAUAUGAAAAGGCAAGAUUUUUACCACCUUUGAAGAGUGAUACAAUUUGAGAUAGAAAAGUUACUAUUAAAAUAUUCUUCACAAAGAAAAACAGCUCAAGGAACUGUUGGUAAAAUAGAUGUGAGGGUGUGUAGGAGCCUUUACACACUUUUUAGCCAAAAGCUUCAAAAUUUCAACUUCUAGUUCUACAGCCAAAAAUCUUAAAAAGCAAGAUCAGUACCUCAAUCUGCACGGACCGGGUAGUGUUUUUAAAAGUAUGUCGAUAUCUCUGAAAGAUCGCCUGAAGAACGUGGACCUCCAAUCAAGAACAGAACGAUAUAACAAUAUCAGGAAUUCUGCUCCCCUUGUGAGUAGUAUAGCGAUUAGAAAGAGGUGGGGGCAUAGAGCCACCAGCACUUUCAUCUUCAAAAGAACUCUAGUGGCUUUUUUGGUGAGGGGGUAUCCUACCUAUCCUACACUUUAUAGCCUAGAGCUUUAUAUGCUGUGUAAAUAAGUGUUAGGCAAUUUGAUGCGCUAGAAUGAAAUAGCAACAACCUAAGUACAGAAAGAGUUUUCCAUUUUCCUGAGCUUCACUUGAUGGUGCAACAAAGUUAUUGCCAACUUUCAGAAUUCUAGCAACUUCCGACGUCAGCCAGCAUCACCAGCCCCUUUCCCCUGUCCUACAGACCGUCAUACAUAACAAUAGGCAGAAUGUCAUCUUUUAUGUGUAUGUUAAUCUGUGUAAGUACCACUCACACCGGCUCCCCCUCUGCCACAGCUGGGAACUCUGCAUUGGCUUUGCGGUUCUCUCUGCUUCAAAUGAACCAUUACGAUCUGGCUGGAUGAUAGAGAAUGAAAUGUUUCACAAACAUGUGACAAAACACAACAAUGAUGACUUUGAAAUGGCUCUUGCUAGUUGAAUCUGUGAUUAAACUCCUUUUCCAGCCAUGUUUUUGAAGCUACUUCGUCAAAGGAUAUUGGUUCAACUUUAUAAAAUUUCCUCUCAGCACCAGCUAAUUAGUCUUGUUGAAGAAUUGUUUCUCCCUCAUGUGAUUGUCUGCGUCCCGUAGCUAUGUCUUCUCUUCUGUAACCUAGUAUGUGUAAAUAGCUCUUGUAAGUCUUCAUUUUUGUUGCAGCAGUACACCCCCCUCAUACACACACAAAAUCGACUAGUUUUGCCCGUCUCUGGAGAGCCAAGGUCUGUGUCUUGUAACUGUUCUGAUUCAAAGCUUACAGGCUUUAGGGAACGACCACGUGUGGUUCGGAAUGAAUUCGUCUUCGACGGACUUUGCUUGUCCCCCUGCUCCACCUGCUAGUUCCUCCAUUUUGUCCUUUCCCACCUUCCUUUUCUUGUAUAUUUGAUUUCCUCUAGUUGCUUCAGGGGAAGCUACUUCCAAAGCUGGUUUAAAAAUAAAUAACUUCUCUUAC